ACCUCGUGCCCUACUAGUAGUUGCCAGUAGUUGCCACCAUUUACUGUGGCGCUCCUCUAGGACAAAUCAUGUCAUAUGAGUUAGAUCAGUGACACAGUCCUUGUUGUUAUUUAUGGUUAAUUUUAAAUAAAAGUAAACAUUUACAAUAUAAACUUCAUAGCUAUAAAGUAGUAUGUAACAGUAAUAGAUACACUUUACAAUACGUUUAAAAUGUGAAGUUGUAAAAUACGAUUAACAUUAAUGCUAACGAUAUUAUUUAGAGUUGCUUUGUUGUUGAUGGUAUCAUAAUACUUCGACACAGAGUUAAUAAUUCGUGCCUUCGUCGCAAAUAUUUUCUUUUAUUCAAAAGCUAUAAAGUUAUAUUAAGAUAUGUCAGCCACAGCUACUACAGCCACCCUUCAGGUUGAAGAAGAAUAUGAAGAGUAUAAUCCACAAGCAAAAUUAAUAAAAACUCUUGAAAGAAAUGGUAUAACAGCUGGAGAUAUAAAAAAGUUAGAAGAAGCAGGUUACUAUACUGUAGAAGCUGUAGCUUAUGCUCCUAAAAAGCACUUAAUUAACAUCAAAGGGAUUAGCGAAGCUAAAGCAGAUAAGAUUCUACAAGAAGCUUCAAAAUUAGUUGUGAUGGGCUUUAAAAGUGCUACAGAAAUUCAUCAAACACGUUCACAUAUCGUUUUUGUAACUACUGGCUCUACAGAAUUAGAUAGACUAUUGGGAGGUGGUAUAGAGACUGGUUCUAUUACAGAAAUUUUUGGAGAAUUUAGGUCCGGCAAAACUCAGUUGUGUCAUACAUUAGCAGUCAAUUGUCAGUUACCUAUAGAUAUGGGUGGUGCAGAAGGAAAAUGUCUUUAUAUAGACACAGAAGGAACUUUUAGACCUGAAAGGUUGAUUGCUGUUGCAGAAAGAUACAAUGUUGCAGGGGAUAAUGUUUUAGACAAUGUAGCUUGUGCAAGAGCAUACAAUACAGAUCACCAAACACAGUUAUUAAUUCAGGCUAGUGCCAUGAUGACAGAAUCCAGAUAUGCAUUACUGAUAGUAGACAGUGCAACUGGUCUGUAUAGGACUGAUUAUUCUGGGAGAGGAGAACUAGCUGUUAGACAAAUGCAUUUGGCUAGGUUCCUUAGAAUGCUGCUGAGAAUAGCCGAUGAACAUGGUGUUGCUGUUGUUAUAACCAACCAAGUUGUUGCACAGGUCGAUGGUGCUGCAAGUAUGUUUGGUGGAGAUCAGAAAAAACCAAUUGGCGGUAAUAUUUUGGCACAUGCAAGUACUACAAGACUGUAUUUGCGCAAAGGCAGAGGGGAAACUAGAAUAUGUAAAAUUUAUGAUUCACCCUGUUUACCAGAGAGUGAAGCAAUGUUUGCUAUAAAUGCAGAUGGAAUUGGAGAUGUUAAAGAAUAGUAUUAUGUUUAUUUUCUAUAAAUUUUUGUAUCCAUAUGAAAAGGCUUCCCAAUGUGACUUCCUUCCUAUUUAUAUGUUAAACUUCAGGGAAAUGUAAUUUGUUUUAAUAAUUCAGUUAAGUUGCCUUUACAUAUUAUAUAAGAAAAAGCAAAUAAAUAAGAAUAAAAAACGAAAAAUGGGAAACAUAUGACAACACGUGAAACGCGUACAUACGCUCAUGAAAUCACAAAAAAUAUGAU